AUGGGUGAGAACUUAGUAGAACAGCGUCAAGCUGAUGACAAAGCAUCAUGGGAUGCCUACUGGAAAGUUCGCGAUGUCGAUUCUCGUGGUUCCAUCUAUCCACGGUUCCGAUACUAUGCUCAUAAGGCCUUCGACGCUCCAGCAACUUGGUUCAGAGAGAAAGUCGUGGAGCCCUUGAACAACAAGAACCGUCUUCCUUAUUACCAUCGGCAACUCACCCGAGUUCCGGAAAUAGACGAAUGUGGCGUCAACGACAAGGCGUGCUUCUAUGAAGCCAACGAGCAAUAUCGUCUCGAUAAAAUGGUAGACGGGUUCAUUCUACAAACUCUUCGUCAGCGUGUAGAUCGGUGUAUGUUGUACAACAACCCUGACCAUUCUCCAUGCGCCAAGGUAAUCGAAGAUAUGGAGGAAAACGAGCUCAACUUCUUCAUCAAGUACGGAGAGUUGGGAGGAGAAGCUGAUGUACGUGAUGCUUAUAUGAAGCAGAAGCAUAGAAUGAUUUGGGAGCGUCGUCAUCCAGAAAUCAUGGAAGAGCGUUCCGCCAAGCUUGCUGAUCAUAAGGAGAAGCUCGCGAACGGAGAGUUCGACUACUCGUUCUGGAAGAAAGGAAUGUUCUAUCAAGACAAGAAGAACUAUGAGCCUCCAUAUGAGUUCUAUAUGUCCAAAUCGCCACUUGAAGGAGACAAACCACUGUCUAAAGAUUGGCAAUAUUACAAGAAUGUUGCUCAAGAUCCCGAGUUCGAUAAGGAUCAAGGAAAGAAGUCCGAUUUCCGUCUUUUCUAA